CAACAGCUGGUCCGACAACUCCUGCACGUUAGAAUAUGUUCAACGCUCCGUGGGUAUGCCCUCGAUGUUUUGCGCGGUCUGUUGCUAGGAUUGGUUCCACUCCACGCCUGUUUCUGCAGCGCCGGGGCCUGAAGACAGAUUCCGGUCUUUCACCAGCCUUAUUGGCACGCGCCCGUUCUUUAUCCAACGAGCAUUCUACCUUGUCCGCACAUUUGGCAGAGGUCUUCGAUGCGAAACUAGCGAAGCGAGUGGGUGAACUUGCACCUAUUGCAAGCACCUUGAAAGAAUGGGAUCAUGCGAAUAAUUCUAUAGCAGAAUUGCUGUCCCUGCUUGGUGACCCCAACACGGAUUCCGAGCUGAGGUCUCUUGCGGUGGAGGAUCUGGAAAGCAGCAAAGUCGCACUGCCUACUAUAACGGAUAAUUUGAAAAAGGCCCUUAUACCUCGCCAUCCCUUUGCAGAUCUCCCGUGCUUGCUUGAAAUACGCCCGGGUGCUGGGGGAGAUGAGGCGGGUCUAUUCGCUUUCGAGGUAUUGAGGAUGUACAUCGCAUUCUGCUCACGUCGUGGCUUUCGAUAUAGCCUUCUAAAACAGGAAGUCGCAGACGGCCCUUCCGAAGAUCGUCUGAGCGAAGCGGUACUGGAAGUAGCCGCAGAUGGGGCUUAUAACAUCUUGAGAACCGAGUCGGGCGUCCACCGAGUACAGAGGGUUCCAGCUACGGAGGCCAAGGGCCGCACCCAUACCAGCGCUGUUAGUGUGAUGAUUCUUCCGAGUUUUCCAGAGACUGGAAGCGGCCUCGACAGUUCACUCAAUUUCGAGGACCCAAAUAGUGACUAUUAUGUUGAUCCCCAAGAGGUCCGCACAGAGAAGAUGCGAGCCAGUGGCGCCGGCGGUCAGCAUGUAAACAAAACAGAAUCAGCCAUUCGGCUGACCCAUAUACCGACGGGUAUUGUUGUCUCGAUGCAAGAUUCACGGUCUCAACACUCCAAUCGGAAGAAGGCAUGGCAGGUCUUACGGGCGAGAUUGGCUGAAGCAAGACGGGAAGCCCGGGAACAGGAAUUAGUUGAGCUAAGGAGAGGGGUGAUGGGAGGUGUGGCUCGGAUGGGACGUGGUGACAAAAUCCGAACGUAUAACUACGGUCAGAAUCGCUGCACGGAUCAUCGCAGCGGCAUCACCUUACACAACCUAGAUGGCAUUCUUGAUGGAGGCGUGGGUUUAGAAACUGUAAUGAAUAGUGUACGGACAUGGCUCGUCGACCGUGAUAUAGCCGCCAUGACUGCUGAGGAAUGAGUCAAAGAACCAAAUGGCCGCGAGCUCAACAGUGAUAGUGUUUUUGUAUAACCCAUGAAAACAGCCAUUCGCUCGUUAACAG